ACAAUACAAUAGAGAAAGAUCAGCAAUUUUGUAAUGGUGGUCGUUUUGACGGUGUUGAAGAAUUUGCAUUUUUUUCCUGCUAAAUCCCAUUCCUUUUACUAAUCACAAGGCUGUGGAAAAUAAUUAUGUUGUUUGUGAUCUUUAAAUAAGAAAUUUGUGUAAUUCUGUAAAGCAAAUAGUUUCUUUUAGGUUGUCUUGACAUUUUUUCCAUACAAUGGCUGCAACAAGGAGACUUCAAAAGGAAUUGAAUGAUAUCCGACAAUCAGGAAUGAAGUCAUUCAGGGACAUCCAAGUGGAUGAGUCUAAUAUACUUACAUGGCAAGGAUUGAUUGUUCCAGAUAACCCACCAUACAAUAAAGGAGCAUUCAGAAUUGAAAUCAAUUUUCCUGCAGAAUAUCCAUUCAAGCCACCAAAAAUUAGCUUCAAAACAAAGAUCUACCACCCUAACAUUGAUGAAAAGGGACAGGUUUGCUUACCAAUCAUAAGUGCUGAAAAUUGGAAGCCUGCAACUAAGACUGAUCAAGUUAUACAAGCAUUAGUAGCUCUUGUCAAUGAUCCCGAACCAGAACAUCCAUUGCGAGCAGAUCUUGCUGAAGAGUUUUUGAAAGAUAGGAAGAAGUUUACCAAGAAUGCUGAGGAAUUCACCAAAAAGAAUAGUGAAAAGCGGCCUACUGAUUAAAUAGAUAUUAGGAUAUAAUUACUUAUUCAAAUGGAUUUACAGUAGUUGGUAAUUUUCCUAUUGUCUCCCAGCUUGUGUUACAGUGUUUAUAUUUCAUAUCUUAUUUCUACUUAAAUUGCAUUUAUACUUAUGUAUGAUCUUAAUAUUUGAAUUAAAAUUGACAACUGUUGUAAGUCCAUUUUGUAAUUGCCACUGCUCUGGUAUAAGAACUGCUUUGUCUAUCACCAUACUGCUUGCAACAAUAAUGAGCACGGAAUUAGUAACAUUAGUUGUUGGCAUGUGGUAUCAUGCUUGAGUUUAUUUUUAAUACCAAUUUUUUUUACCUAGGGGGUGUCACAUUGAUUCGGAAAUGAAAAUCUAUAAAUCAUAUUAACUACAGUAUUUUAUCUUAAAUAACUAGUGUGUGGGUUUAAAUAUUAUAGAUGUGAUAAGGGAUUCCUUUGUUUUUAAAUCAUAUUUCCAAAUAGCCUUUUCUCACUCAAUGUUGUUAUAUCUGCCACAUGUAUAUAGUUACUUGGCUGAUGUUAAUUUAACUUGGCUGAAGUGAAGUCAAAGGCCUAGAAAUUGUUGGAGCCUUACAAAGAGAACUGUGCUCAAUAUUUAAAAUCAUGGAGCCAUUUUUAGAUCAAAUUAUAUAACAGUUUGGUGGUGAUUGGUAACCCUAAUAUGGAUUAAAUGAUAAUAUUUUUAUUUUUCUCUUUGUAAGUCAAUGUGUUACUUGGUAACUGUAUGCUGAACAGUUCAGUGAAAGAACUUAAAAAUAUAUUUUUUUCAAUUAAAAUUUUGUUUCUAUCUUUCAAUUCAAGUAAACCAAGUACUUAGUAAAUUACCAUUAUUCUAUGUAACAAAAUAAUUUAUUAAUGUGUAUGCCAUUAGUCAAUAAAAUCAUAUACAUCAGUAGAGGUAAUAUUAUCAUUACUAUUAUUUUUUUUAACUGUAUAAUUUCCUUGGUUUUGUGUAGAUGCACUUGCUACAAUCUUCAUAUCGAUAUCUUUUGCUAGAUAAUCUUUAUAUGUACUUGCAUUUUCUUUCUUGGUUAAACCUUUACUAGAGUUCAUAUUAAUCUUCAGCCUUUUAACCGCUGGUUCCUCACUUGUAUGUCUUAUUAAAUAUUUAUUUAUAUUAUCUGUAAAUAUAAACUUUGAAUUACAUACUUUAUCUUUA